AUACUGUAUGUUUGUUACAGAGAGCUCUAUCAGCAUGCGACACCUCAUGGUGUGCCUCAUGUUCCUGGGCACCACGGUCUCGUACGCGACGCGCGUCAGCAUGAGCGUCGGCAUCGUCGCCAUGACCUCCAACAAUUCACACGGAUAUACGGUAUUCGACUGGGAACGCGGCACCCAGGACACGAUCCUCUCAUCGUUCUUCUGGGGCUAUGUGAUACUGCAAGUGCCAGCGGGCAUGCUGGCGGGUCGGUUUGGUGGCAAGUUCCUCAUAUUCGCCUCCAUGGUGUCUACUGGCAUCGUCAAUCUGUUGGUUCCUCUUGCUGCUGUUCAUGGUGACUGGAUCGCGGUAUGCGCGUGUCGUAUUGUUAUGGGGUUGACGCAAGGCAUGUUGUACCCCAGCUUGCACGGACUUCUGGGGCACUGGGCGCCAGUGGCGGAGAGGAGUCGGCUCGGCACUUUCGUUUAUGCCGGCGCUCAACUAGGCACGAUAAUCGAGCUGAUGACCUCUGGAAUGCUCUCCGCGAGCUCCUGGGGCUGGCCUUCUGUGUUCUACGUGGCUGGUAUCACAUGCCUGGUGUGGUCAGCGUUGUGGCUCGUGCUCGGAGCCUCUACUCCUGGCACUAGCAGAUGGAUCUCUAAAGAGGAACGAAAGUACAUCGAGACGAAUGCCGGCUCUGAUGAUAUUGGACAUACUAAAAUGCCGACACCUUGGCGUAGCAUCCUGACCUCGCUGCCGUUCUACGCGAUCCUGCUCGCGCACUGCGGACAGAACCUCGGCUUCUGGAUGCUGCUCACCGAACUCCCGUCUUAUAUGAAGAACGUACUGCAUGUCGACAUUAAGGAAAACGGUAAGCUAUCAGCACUUCCAUAUGUGGCCAUGUACAUCCUCAGCUUCGUGUUCAGCUGGACCGCCGACUUUUUAGUGAACAGGAACAUCGUGCAGCUAGUCACUUCUAGAAAGAUCUUCAAUACUAUCGCGCACUGGGGUCCAGCUGUUGCAUUGCUGGGGCUGUCGUACUUGCCGCCUGGUCACCUGACCCUCGCCGUCGUCAUCCUCACCCUUACAGUGGGACUCAACGGCGCUCAUUACGUGGGCUUUAUGCUAUCUCAUAUCGAUCUGUCUCCGAACCACGCGAGCACCCUGAUGGGCAUCACAAACGGAAUCAGUGCCAUAUUCUCUAUCAUGGCUCCUUUGAGCGUCAGCAUUGUUGUUCAAGAUCAGGGAGAGGCCUCAGAGUGGCGAAAGGUGUUCUUCAUUUCAAUAGCGUUCUACUUCCUGAGCAAUCUCUUCUAUUUGCUGUUCAUCUCUGGCGACGUGCAGAAAUGGAACGAGCCGAGACCUGCUCCUAUUGAAGACGGAGUCAAGACCAAAAAGAAGAAAGUAACGCGACAAGGAAAAAGAGCACAGGAGAACACAAGUUUUGAUAACGAUUAAGACAUUUAUGUUGUAAGCUAGUCAUAAUUGUACAUUAAUAAGUUAUCAGUGAUAAAGUAGGGGCUUGUUUCAGAAUGUCGCAGUAACCUUCAGCCGACAAGAAGCACACAACUAAUGUAGAAAGUACUCAUGAGCAUUGUUAUUCACCAGCAUAGUAAAUACCUAAUUAAUAAGAUAUUUGACUAUGUUCGAUUUUGAGCAUUUUGUAAUAAUAUGUAACAGCAAUUAACACAAAAAAGAAAUCCUUUGGUGAAAACCGCAUUAAAAUCUGAUAAGAAAUAAGGCAAUUAAUCAAAUUUCUAAUAUUGCUACGUGUAGGAGUGGGCGUGGAGUGAGGAUAUCGCUCCAUCUCUGUCUUUUGCAUACAUUGUAAUGCCCGCUGACGUCACAUGCAAAUCUUGCGUCCCUUUUCUGUUUUUUGACAAUCACCUCUCCUGCCUAAUUUCAAUGGCUUAUAACUUGUAGGCUUUUCACCAGAUUUCAAUGAUUUUUUUCUGUUCUACAAUUUAUACGACGUACAUAUUUUAUAAAUGUUUUAAUAAAAAUAAGUUAAAUACCUUAAUGUAGGACUUGAUACUUACCUAAUUAUUUGGUUUUGUUAUUUGUUAGACGAGAAGCAGUUACUGAGACGUGGUGAAAUAAGCGCUUAGGUCAAGUUUAGUACAAAGGUACCAAAGCGAAAUUACGAAAUCGAUUAAUUUGACGAUAUUAAGAAUUCGAAAGUUGAAUAUACAUUUAAUUCCCAUCAAAAGGUAGGUAAAAGUAUAAAUACUUAUUGGGAUUCAAGUACAAAAACUGGAUUUGAAACAAUAAAGCCAGAACCAUAUGAUCCUACCCUUUAGCUUCAAUCAAAUCUAUUUUUACUGUGAAAUGAUUCCAAGUGUAACAAGUCCAUAGCAGUUGAAAGAUCGCUACCUAGAAAAUUAUUUUAUUGUAUAGUCCGACCAGGAAAAUAGAAAACCUGUUUUGUUCGUGCCACUAUUGCUUCUCUAUUUUAAAGUUAGCAUUGUCAAUACUAAAAGUUAUUUCCAAAUUUUACUAUAAAAUGGUGGGGUUUUUUAUGUUCCUAGUCAGGCUGUAAUUAACAUAAGAUUCGCGUAUUGUCAAGUACUUUUGGAGAGACUACAAAGAGCUUAAGCACUUUAACAUCCAUUGCAAAUUGCUGGUCCAAUCAUUCAGCCAUUAAAAACAAUCUUGUUACACUAUGAUAUAUUAAUGUAAAAAUCUUUGCCAACAUUUCUUUGUUACUAGACUCAACCAAAGACAUUAUUCGAGCAGAUUGUGAUCCAUUGUGCCUUAAACGUAUUUAUUUAGUUAAUGUAAAUAAUAUUUAUUGCGAAAGCGUCGAAUGUGUAAAUAAAUGUGAAUAAUUGUA